AUGGAGGCAUGCAAUCGGCUCAAGACAGCAUUUGCUCAGGGAAAGAAGUCCAUGGGCAUGUGGCAGAUGAUUCCGGGGGCGAACGUGUCAAGGUUGUUGGCGAGGUCGGGCGUAGAUUGGGUCAUGGUCGAUUGUGAGCACGGUAACAUUGACGAUGGGGCGAUGCACGAUGCGGUGCCGGCGAUUGCGGCCUUGGGCGUGACGCCCCUUGUUCGACUGCCUGAUAUACAGUCGUGGAUGGUCAAGCGCGCCUUGGAUGCUGGUGCUCAUGGUAUUCUUGUACCGCUGCUUCGUUCUGCAGAUCAAGCGAGGGAGCUGGUCCAGGCGGCCAAGUUCCCGCCCUGGGGCAAGCGAGGAUUCGGAUCUCCCAUUGCGCCGGGACGCUUCAAUCCCGUGCCUUCAUUCACCGAGUAUCUGCAGCAGGCAAACGAAGCUCUCUUGACGAUGGUCCAGAUUGAGACUCAAGAGGCGUUGUACCAAGUCGAUGAAAUCGCGGCCGUCGAGGGCAUCGACGUGCUCUUCAUCGGACCCUUUGACCUCGGCAACAACAUCGGCCACCCCAUCCUGGAUGGAGUCAUGGCGCCCGAGCUGGAAGAAGCCAUUGCCAGAAUCCUCGCCGCAUGUCGCAAAGCCGGCAAGAAGUGCGGCAUUUACGCCACGAGCGGCGAGCAGGCCAAGCUCUAUAGCGACCAGGGCUUCGACAUGAUCAGCGUAUCAGCCGAUUACACUGCACUGGAUCACAUACUCAAGCAGCAAUUCAGCGCGUCUCAGGGCGGUCCUCUCUCCGAGAAGAAGGGCUCAUAUUAG